AUGACAGCGCCCGAGGCGCACUGCAGGGGCAACGAGAGCAAACUUCUUUCGUCUACUGAUGUUCUCUCAAUUCAGAAUAAGCUCAAGCCGCAAUGCAUCACAGCAGCUACCAUGAUGAAGGCAGCUCGGACUUUCGUGAAUACCAUCACCUGCCUCACGAUUGGUAAGAAGAAGAAGCUGAUCCAUGACUUCGACAUCCGAUGCGUUAUGACAGUGCACAACAAGAAAUGCAGAUCGAGACGUCACUACGCCACCUUGGGGGAGGUACAGCAAUCCCUGCUGGAGGACGUGUACGCGAUCGCACCUGCAGCGAAGGAGCUGACACCUCCCUGGAACUACGAGCCUAAGCUUGACGAGAAGGCGCCGUGCGUUGGCGCGAUCAGGGAGUUCAAGGACGACGGCCUUCAAAGCUGUGCCGAACUGGGCUUCGUGCAAGGAGCUAAAAUCCAGGCCGUCGACGAUGAGACCAGGAAGUACAUCAUCCAGAACGUCAUGGGCGGCGAGGCCACUGUGAUGAAGCUGACGGACACGGGCAACAAGUUCACGCCGAAGCCGUUCAAGAUACUGGUUUCCAAGAUGGUCGACGAGUACAAGGUGCUCAUGGAGACAGAGCACGUGACCAUCGAGGCUGACGGGGCGUCCGUUCUGGACGAGCAUGCAGAUAUUGCGAACGAGGAGAUGAAGGCUCUGGUGAAACUGGCGCUCACCAACGCUACGUAUGCCUACAACGCGAAGGUGAGCAUCGAAUACGUUCUCAGCUCGAGGCCGACUGUUUCGAAGGUGUCCGCGACGACCGAUUGCCCUAAGCAUGGUAUGAUAUUGAUCCCACUGACGCCACUUGUUUCUAUCGGCCCUAAAGCGCCCAACAACUGCAUAGUUGUGUCUAUCCUUGGCAAUCGAAGCGGCACGCAUUGCUACAUAAGCCCGAAGACUGAUUUCAACCAUGGUGAUGAGACUAAGCUCGUGGUUCCAUUUUGGAUCGUGCCCGAGGGGGAUGAACCGAACCUAGAGUUCAGCAAAAUGAAAGUUCAGCUAAACGGCACGGUUUCGCAUGGUAAGUCUACUGAGGCUGGCGCGCUUUUGUCUGUUGAGAUCCCCUACCUCACAAACCCCAAGCCGAUCAAGAAAGGGACUGUGCUGUGUAGGCCUCCAUUUCCUAAAGUAGACCCGACCCCGAAGAGAGCCUCCGUGGGCAGUGGGGGCGGCGCUCCUAAGCGAGCGAAGGCGUGA